UGUGUAUUUGAACGGCUUAAGGGACGGUCGGCAGCCCGCAUUGUUCGGUUGUUUACCAGCGUGAACCAGCGACGAGAACCCGUUUGUGGGAAGGAAAAUCUUAACCGAAAACAACCACCAAAGUUUCAAGAAACACUCACCAGUAUGGCAAAUUUGCUUUGGUCCAUCAUUUGGCUGAUCGUGCUAAUCGUGGUCGGCUUCUGGGUUGCGUUCUUCUGUGCGGGUUGGUAUGUUCUCAUCUACCCGCUAACGGUGUGCGUGCCGGAUAUAUCGGUCGUGUCCGAUUUCCUUCUGAUGGGAGCACAGUUCGCGCAUUACUGUGCCAAGUGCAUGAUGGAGGGAAAAUCUCUGUUCUAAGGUCGCCGAUGUUUACGUUCAUAUUAUCAAUGCAUCGAUGCAUACGUGCACGCAAAUUGUGUGUAUGUGUGUAUUGAAGUAAAACGCAACAUACAGACAGGGGAGGUUAAACAGGGAGGAAUCGACCAGAAGACCGCAUGGUGUUAUGUUUUAAAUUCUACAAUAGCAGCAUUAAUUAACAUUAUGUUUUGUAAGUGUAAAGUCUAUGCGUCGAUGAGCAAUAAAUAUAAUUGUGUUCACGGUUAA